AUGUCUGAAACUCGGCGAUCCACAAGGAUCCGUGAUAAGUCGUCUGCGGCUGAUAAUGAAAGCGAACACAUGGAUUCGAUGGGUCUGGUACAUAUGGAUGAAGACAUCGAUUUUGGCUCCGAUAUCGACAGAGUCACCGUCCAUGACAGUCCCAGGGGCAGUGACGGCGAAGCUUAUAGUGAGGAGGGCGAUGACGAAGAUUACCAGGAGCCCCAAGCUAACAAACGGAAACGUGCUUCUAAGAAAGGCCAAGGUUUGAAGCAGGCAUUCGACAAAAAGAGCUCUAAAAGAGCCAAAGUCUCGACUUCCAAUCUCAACCGAUAUUCGAAGAAAAGUCGCGAAGCUUUCAUCCAAAUGCAACAAGAUUUCGCACCCACGGAGCUUUUCUCGAUCCUGGCAAACUCAGAAGAUUCUUCUUUGGAAGAAUUGGCGAACAGGUGGCUUGAGUCGUACUCAGCUAACAGAACUAAAGCUCUCCAAGAAUUUGUGAACCUGUUGCUCAACUGCUGUGGGUCCCUGGUCCAAGUUCAAGAGCAUGACGUUGCGUCGAAUGACACCGCCAACGAAACCGUAGCGGAGAUACAAAUUAUGUUCCAAAGGCAAGAGCUUCACGAGUCGUAUUUGCUUCUGAGCAAAACACAUAAACGUCGUGCCAAGUACAAGACGUUGUAUCAAAACUAUAUGGAGUUUAUGCAUAAGUUGAUCGAACUCGCAAACGAACAGGGUCUUUUGUAUGAAGAAAAUACUAACUCUCAAGGAGCGAGUCAGUCUCUAAUGUUAGACCUUUUAACUUGGCUGUCCUCCUUUUCGGUAAGCAAAAUUAGGUGUCUACGACACAUUGCGACUCUCUGCAUGUACUCUUUCCAGGACUAUCUGACAGAACUCAGUGUGAGCCUCGAAAACAACUACCUCAUGAAACUUAGACGACAGCUAAGCUUAGAGCAGAAAAAAAAAAGAGCUAAUGCUAAAACUGCUGAAAAACUGGAAAGUACUAUCGCCGAAAUAGAGGCCUCAAAGUCUGAAGUUGAAGUCAGUAUUGACAAUAUCAUCAAGCUGGCCUUUGUGCAUCGAUUCAAAGAUGUCGAUGAAGACAUAAGAGCGGACUCGAUGGUUCAUUUGGCAACUUGGCUGGAGAAAUAUCCCGGCUAUUUUUUAAAGGUCACUUUCCUCAAGUACUUUGGCUGGCUUCUAUCAGAUCUAUCGUCUACCGUACGAUCCCAAGUACUCAAAGUUCUGUUGGAAAUUGUUCGCUUUGACAGCAAGCGUAGCAAGCACAAGGUAGGCAGUGCUGCGCUGAGACAAUUCUUCGAGAGAUUUAAACAAAGAAUCGUUGAAAUUUCGCUCAAAGAUAUCGACAUGCACGUUCGAAUAACAGCGAUUCAAGUGCUGACUCAGAUUAACUCAUUUGGCUAUCUUGAUGACAAUGACAUUUCCCGGGUGUCAAGUCUGCUGUUCACAUACCAGAAAGUUGAUAUCUCGUCAGUCGCCAGGAAUGCUAAACUAUUGAGUGCAGUAGCCAAGUUUUUUGCCACAACACAAAAAGAUAAAAUGGAGACCUUACUUGAAUCGCAUAACUUCCCUUCUAAAUCAAAAGUUCUAAAGCCACACGACAUCGUUCAGGCCGGGUUUUUCAUGAAAAGCUUGACUAAAGCUCUAUCGAGCCAUCUCACGGACGGCAGGGUUGAAUGUUCGGAACAAGAUAGAAAUCGCUUGAUUUUUCAAGCAGCAGAAUUUCUUGAACCGUAUUUUGGAGCAUUAAUUGCCACGAUGUGCCAGUUGUUGACGUUCGAGGGGGACUUCCAGGGGUUUGCUGAUAUUAUGAGUGAAGAAGAAGAGGGCCAAAAAGCACUACUAUUACCAAAUGAGGAUGAUUCUAUUACACAAUAUACUGUAGUUUUAAGUGGCCUCUGUCAUGGCGGGGCCAUUAAAAAGAAUGCUAAUAAGACGGAAAAUGCAGCCAUUGCUAUCCACCAUCUAGCUAAGCUAUUUGCGUCUUUGCCACUACAUUCUGGAAUCGUCAUGCACUAUCUGUUCAGCAUGUACUCACUUUUCACUUACGAGGAAUGGGUGAGUGCCCACUUAGAGUCAGAGUUCCAGCAGGUAAUCGACGCGAUUGUGAAAAACUUCGAUAGAUCGCAGUUUACUAACGAUGAAAGCGACAUUAAACGGUCCUCGUUUGCUCACAUUUUGCAAUUUCACAAAAGCUUGGGCAUACCUCAAAUAAACGACACUUGGAAAAAUCAGGUUGACCAGGUUCGUAUCCCUUUGCAAUUGUUUUUGGAGACAAAAGCUGACUCUUUUGAAGAUACUGAUAUUGACGAGCUCCUCACAAAUGUCUACGAGCUCUACAUCAAUAAACUCGUUCUUUUAGGUAAGGUGGUACCAUUAGAUUUCAAUCAAGAGAUUAUUCGUCUUUUCUUUGACAAGGUAGUCAACAGGUUGCCACUCGUACUACACCUGUUAGAAAAUGAUAGUGUCAAGGCUGUGGACUUUAAGAUUCUCACUUUAGUCGUUACUUGGAGUCUACAGCGUUGGUUUGAAAUUUUACAAAAUAAUCCUGAAGCCAGUCCUUUGUCCAGCCAAGUCCUUCAAAUGGUCUCGAACAUAAUUCAUCAGUUAGCGUACGACUUGAACGAGCUACAAAGCUCCCAAGUCGAUGAACUGCACACUUUGCUGCACAUCAAUUGGACAAUGUGCAACACCUUGUCGGAUUGCAUGAUUGCUUACAAAAUGUUUGAGCUGAACAUCCCUGAGAAAGAUAUUGAGUGGAAGCAAGCAAUACAUCAAGACUACCCAAUAAUUGUGGACCAUUCUUUGGAACAGUCUUUACUUAAUACUUUCUUGUUUUUGGAAAGCUUGAGGGCGAAAGAGUUGGAUGUUCAAUUAGAUCGCCUUGAAGGCGAGGAUGUAAAUCUCAACAGCAUAUCUGAUGAAAACAUGGAAGACAUCGAGAGGGAGCUUUUAGUAUACGUUGUAAAACUAAAGAGCCUUUUGAAUAUUGGCCUUCUCGGCACGGUGUCCAUUGAAAAUCGGAUUUCAUUGAACAAAGAUGCUCUGGGAUCCACAUUUGCUUCCAUCAUAGACGAGACAGCAUUCAGUGGGACCGCUGCUCCGAAGCGGCGUCUGGCUUCUGCAAACCACGAACGACAAGUUUUUGACGACAGAAACGUGGAAAGUGAUCAAGAAUUCGAGACAGGCAGAGAGUCUAAAAGCCAUGCCAUCGUAAUUCCAGCGACUAUUCCUGCAACUAUCCCAGAGGAUGACGAAAAUUGGGAAAAUGCGUCGGAACUACUAUGA